AUGCUCGACCCAUCUGCAAUUACUUACCUAUCUGACUUUCCUCAGGCACAAUGCCAAAUCUUCGCCACUACAUACAACCCAGAAGGUAUGCGCAUGGGCACCAAGGUCCUGCGCCAGCGAUUAAAAGGCCCAGCCCUCGCCGCCUACUAUCCGAGGAAAGUUGCUACAAUCAAGGACGUGAAACGCGAAUUCGGACCAGUACUAGCAACGUGGGAUGAGGCCGAAGAAGACCGUUUUGAAUACAUUGAAGAGUUGAAGCAGCGUGGAAAGAGCGCGCCAAAGAAGAAACGCGGUGCUCCAGCCGAGAAGCCAGGCAAGAAACGAUAA